AAAACCUAAUCCCUUCUCACUCUCACGAGCUCUCUCCCUCCAUUACAACCCCUUCAUAAUCUUCGAACCCAGACACAAAAAACCCAGAUUUAUAUAUCAAAUUAGUGAAUGAACGAUUUUGACGGCUGAGCCCGAUUAGUGGAUACCCCGAUUGGAAGACGGACGCAAAGAAAUCCCAAACGAUGGUCUGUUUUGAAUUUGAAAUUUGAGAUGUCUUGUUUUCUUGGGAUGUUUUCUGUUUCGGGUUUUGCACAAAGAUUAUGGGUUUGUUGAUUUGGGGCUUUAUUUAUUUCUGGGUUUUUGAGAAUCUCGUAUUGUUUUUGGUUUCUCUAUUGUAGUGGCUUUGUUUAUUCCUGGGAUUUGGGGCUUGUUUAUUUCUAGGUUGUCAUGUUAUGGUUAUGGGUUGGAAACUUCUGAUCUGGGGUUACGAGACUUAGGGUUUCCAUUUGUUUUUUAUGGUUGUGUGAUCUGUUUCAUAUAUAUUCCUGAAUUGAAUAUGUUGUGAGCUAUGGGUUCAUGAAUGUCCUGGGUUUGUGAGAUAUGGGUCCAUGAAUGUUCAGUGUGUUGGGUAGGUGAAAAGAUUUCGACUUGAGCAUUGGAACGUAGUGGUACUACCUUAUUCAAUUCGUGUAUAAUUGAAGCUAGCUAGUAGUGGUAUAAUUGAAGCUAGCUAGUAGUGGAACAAGGUAGGUGAAAAUUCGUGUAUAAUUGAAGCUAGCUAGCUAGUAGUGGUACUACCUUAUUCAAUACAUGAAAUUUAUGACGAUAGUAACUAGUUACUUAUCUAGUUCUGAAGAAUGAGCUUCGAUUCAUUCUCUAUAUCUACAUAUUACCUAUCUAGUUAUGAAAAAAAAAGUAACAUGACUACAUAUUAUAUCCCAGUCUCUAUAUCUAUUCAUUUCAGUUCAUAUGCAAAUUAAAUCAUAUGCAUGGUGUUCAGGGUAAGACCUAAAGAACAAUAAUUUCACUAGAGUAAGACACAAUACUAUAAUGUUGUCUGGAUAUUUAUUGUUACUGUGUGUUAUUUAUUGGUUUCCAUAUGUGGUUAGUUGUACUGUUCUGACUAUUUUAUUAUUUCUUCUGGACCAAAUACCUGCUUGGAGUCAAGUUGCUGCAAGCAACGUUGUCAUACAAGAGCUUUUUGAUUCUCCCAAAAAGAUUACUGAGCAUGGUGUGAAAAUUACUGAGCCUCAAGAAGGUGUGCUAACUCAAAGCUAGCAGGGCUCUGACCAUAGAUCCUACUAUUAAGGGAAAGAGGAAAUUGGAGGUUGAGUUGUCUGAAAGUGAUAGUGAUAACGAUGCAGGUUUAAGAGUGCAAGAUGUUGAUGCAGGUUUAUUGGCAUAUGUAGAUGGGUGGGAUGAAGAAGAUGAGGAUGAUGAAUCUGGAGGUGAUGCUAAGUUUACUGAAGAUGAGGAUAGUGAAGAUGAUGACUAUGAUCCUGCCAAAGAUGAUGAUGAUGUUGCAGCCUAUGGAGUUGAUGAUGACUUCUUGUUUGGUUGGUUAACAGAAGUUGAGGUUGGUGAAAAAAAUGAAGAGGGAGGUUCUUCUGCUGUUGCAUCCCAGAAAACUUAUACGGUUGAAGGACCAGAGGUUGAAGAUAGUGAGGCCAUGUAUGGGGAUAAAGAUUCUGAUAAGGAGGUAACUGGUUAUGAGUUAAAUUCUGAUGAUGAUGGAGAAGGACAUCAAUGGCCAGAAUUCAACCCCAAGACUGACAUGAAGAACCCACGGUUCUGCAAUGGUAUGUUAUUUGCUACCCCUAGGAUCCUAAGAGCUGCUAUAAGGGAAAGAGCAAUUCAGAAGGGUUGGGUGCCACUUUGGGAUAUGAAUGACAAGCGUAGGUUGAGGGCUAUAUGCCAAGCAGACAACUGUAACUACGAGUUAUAUGCAUCAAAGAUGCAACAUGAAGAUACAUUUCAAAUAAAAAGGUACCAGUCAAAGCACAGUUGCGAAAGAGUUCUUGAGAACCCUACUGUUAGAACCCCAUAUCUCAUUACAAGGUUUGCUAAUAUGAUACAACUUAAUCCUGACAUCAAAACAGCACUUAUGAACUCCAUGGCAGCUGAGGUGCAAGCUAAGGUGUCAUUUCAGCAAGCAUACAGGACUAAGAGCGCUGUUUUAGAACAACUAGAAAUGUCCAUAAAAGAACAAUAUGCUAGGGUGCAAGACUAUGCGCAUGAGCUGAGAAGGGACCCAGCAACCACUGUUGAUAUCAAAUGUGAUUUCAACAACGCUGAAAAGCUGCCAAUUUUUAAAAGAAUGUAUAUUUGCUUAGGAGCAUUGAAGAUGGGGUUUAAGAGUGGUUGCAGACCCAUUUUGGGACUAGAUGGCUGUCAUUUGAAAAGUGCAUAUGGAGGGCAGUUGUUGUUUGUAGUGGGGUUUGAUGCCAACAACACAACCUAUGUAGUGGCUUAUGCAAUGGUAGAGAUGGAGAGUAAGGAUAGUUGGAUAUGGUUUCUACGGUUGUUGGAGAAGGAUCUUAAUAUCACUGGAGAAGGAAAUGGAUUUACAUUCAUUUCCGACAAGCAAAAAGGGUUGCUUCCUGCAUGUGAAUCGAACAAGUCCUCCCUCUUGCUGAUCAUAGGUUUUGUGUGAGACAUCUAUGGACCAACUUCAACAAGUUGUUUCUUGGAAAACCAAUGAAGGACCAACUUUGGGCAAUUGCUAAAUCUUAUUACUUGAAGGAGAUGGUGAUGAUUAAGGAGAUGCAAUCAGAUGCAUAUGACUGGUUAACUGGUAAGUGUCUUCAGCAAAUGUAUGUGUUUA